UCACACACGCAGUUGACUAUCAGUAAAACAGUGGGAAAGACAGAGAUGGUAAUGUGGCCGUACUCACCUACACCGAAGCAACUAGCCCUCACCGUCUGCGGCUUACUCACCGGAGCUACCUGCAUCGCCGUUGGAGCCCACCUCUCCUUCUCCAAUAUCGCCCCUCAACAGGCCCGAACCCAGGCCCGUAAUCAAUUCGUCAAAUCACGUCUCAGAAAACUCCUCGAAGAUUAAUUAAUCCUACCCACUUUUUUUCCGCAGCAUUUGGCAGAAUAAAACGCCUUAUUUGAUUCUUGAACGCUCUUGUUUUAAUAAAGAAAUGAGUUUUGGCUGUGCCGGUCAAAGGAAACGACCCAAUGCUCUCAUGUUUGAAGUCACUGCCACCAUCAUCUACAAACAAUUAUCUUUCUUCCCCUGCUUCACAAGCUUAUUCUGUUGAGGAAACACCAAGGUCAAACGCUCAACCGUCUCCCACUCCCACCAUUAACCUCACCGAAGAAUACACUCUUGUAGUUCAAACAACUUCUUAUGGCGAGAUUAGGAGAACCUUUGACCAAGACGGCACUUAUUAUGCUGACCAGAAUGCGGAAAUAGAGCAAGUAGACUCCAUUGAUGAACCUCAGCUCUUGGACCAUGUUCUUCAACCUAGCCGAGAAUGUGUCCAAGAGACACUCUCACUUAUCAAGCCCAACCCACUAACUCAACUCGUCGCCACCUAUUUCGAGCACAGUGAGAACACUUGCCGUUUGUGCUUUCUCCUCUACCAGAGCAUCAGACGAGCCCGCCACCUGUACACCCCAAUCCACAACCUUCUAGAAGACCUCCCCCUCGACUUCGACUCAGACUCAUAUUCCCUCUCCGAUUCCCUAUGCAAAUUGGCACACAACGCCUUCCUCCAAUUCGACUCACUCGAAAACCCCUUUCUCUCUCCCGACACAAAGAACUUCGACGACAUGCGUCAGCACUUCUCCCACCUCAAACAACAGCUCGACCAUCAUCUGAAAAAGUCAAAGUCAAAGUCAAAGUCAAGGGUCCGGCUCGGUAAACGCUACUUUUCUUCUGGGCCCGCUUUGUGCUUGAUCGCAGGAGCUCUUGGUGUGGCGUUAUCAGCUGUGGCUAUAGCUACACAUUCUGUAGCUGCACUUGUGGGAAGCCCUAUAAUAUGUUUGGCAAUUUUGCCCUCCGAUAUGACUAAAGGUAAAGAAACGGCACAUUUAGCGCAACUUGAUUCUGCAGCAAUGAAUGCUUAUGUGCUUCAUAAAGAUCUCGAUACGGUUGAUCGGCUUAUAGCCCAUUUGUAUAGUGAUGUUGAAAAUGAUAAGCUUAUUAUUCACGUCGGAUUGGAGAGGGAUAUGGAUGGGUAUCUUAUUCAGGAGAUUUUGAAGCAGCUUAGGAGAAACCGUACUAGUUUUGUGCAACGGCUGUUGAAUCUUGAGGAGCAUUUGUUCCUCUCUUUCGCUGCGAUUAAUCGGUCUCGAUCGAGGCUUCUUCAAGAGAUUCAUUCGCAUCAAAAUACAGGCUGAUUUGAUUUUUUUUCUCCACAAUAAGUAAGUUUACUGUGAAAAUUUAAAUGUUGCUGCUGCUGCUGCUGCUUCAACGAGGUACUAAAUCUCUUCCGACUUGUCAUUGUCGAAUUACAACACAUUAGCAAUUUUUUUUUUUUUUUUUUUUUGAGAGAGAGAGAGAGAAAUUUUGUUACUUUAAUUGGUUUCUUGAACUAGUGCAGUUUUACAGGCACAAAAUUUAUUAGGGCUGCAGCUAUUUAAGCUUUGUAUUAAUUGAAAUGUUGACUGCAAGUGAAGAUUUAGAUGAAAGUUGGUGGUAGAAUUAGUAAAUGCAAAAUUACUGGAGAC